AUGUUGGAGCAUCACUCCUGUGCCCAUUUCUACGCCUGCCAUUUUUGUGGAAUAGUUUUCCUAUCCUUGGAGGCCCUCAAAACACAUGAUGGGUGUGCAGACUUCGCUACUGCGCUGGUGCAGCGAAUAAGUCCUUCAGGCGAUGUGGAGCUCAAAAUGAAGUAUGCCAUUAUGUUGUUGGCUUGUGCUGACUGUGGGUCGCAAAUUCUCAUUUCUUCUACUUAUAUUGGAGAAUCUUCGAUCGCACACUGGGAUGAAAUAGUCAAAUUUCAUACACUCCAUAAUCUCGAAAAAGUUGUUCCAGUAGUUAUCUAUUCCGAAGUGGAACUUUCCCAAAAAGUGCGCUUACGAGUACUCACCUUAACAUCAAUAGUGAAAGAUGUAGAAGUUGUCUGCCCUCACUGCGGUGAAAGUAAUUUCGACAGUGUCGUAUCAUUAGAAUCACACUUCGAAACCCAUGAAGGGUGCAGGAAGAAACGCUGUCCGGAAUGCAGCAUGCAAUUCUGUCAAGAAGCUUUCUUCAGGGAACAUCUCUUAUCCCAUCUGGGGUCUCAGUCUUGCUAUCUUGCCAUACAUCUCUCCAGCGUCUGCACUUGCAUAACAAAAGGAGUCUCCUGUUGUGGUCCGAAUGCAAUGAAAGGUGGCGGCGGAGUGGUUUAUGGGGGAGUGUCGUCUGCAAUUUUUACAGCAAAACUAAGCACGCCUUUUGUCGAUGCUUGGGAAAGUGUUACCACAAAAAAGAAGGCAAAUAGGCGAGGACGAAAGCGUAGAGCUGGGUCAACAUAUAAGAAAGAUCCAGAUGAAAUCGAGGCUGAGAUCCUUCCUGCAGAUGAGAGCAGCACGAAGCUGAGGAAAAUUCUGGGAGAUUCCUUUGACAGCGCAGGAGCUUUAAAGAUCAAUGGCUUCUUUUAUACCGCAAUAAAAUCUAAAGACGAAACGGUGUGUUCAGUUCUCUGUAUUUUUUAUGUUAAAUACUUUCACGCGUGCAUGCCCCCAGAUGUUUAUUCCUUCAUUUUACUUUUAUCAGCAGUAGUAAUUUCAUCUGCGUUGUAA